AUGUCAAAAAAAAUAAGACCAACAGAUAAAGAACAUUAUAACUUUUCGAAGCAUACAAAUGAAACAAAUAAAUCAAAAAAGCGGAUAAAUAUCUAUCAUGGAUUUAAUGAGAAAUCAAAAAAAAUGGUAACUCGUAUGCAGGGUGUAACGGGACUAUUUGAUAUUUUUACAUUUUAGUUAUACAUGUGAUAAUGUCAAAUAGUUCUAUUACAUUCUAUAUACUUGCCUAAAUAUUAUAUUUAUAACAUAUACCUACUAAAAAACAAAAUUUAUUAAAGUAGCCCAGUCAAUUUACUAUAAGCUACAUUAAGUAGGUACUAGGAACUAACCAUGUAGUUCAUAGUUAUUUUAUAUCUACUUUAUUGUUUAGUUAUUAGUUAAUAAUUUUAAAUAUCCUAUACUUUAUAAUCUAUAAUUCAAUUUCAAUUCAUGUUAUGUGCAUACGCGCAGGGCUAUAGUGGAGGGUAUACGACGUUAUCUUUUCUCAAGAAUUUUCUCAUUAAAUGAGAAAAAUCCUCUCAGAAUCGACUUUUUGUUAGCAAUAGUUUAUCGUUACUUACAAUUAUACAUUCAAUUAUCUAUAACAGUAGCUGCAUACAGCCCCAUUAUCCUAGGGCGUCUUUUUACACUAUUUAGCCAUUAUUCCAGACAUAGAUAACGUACACGCAAUCGAAGUAUGUGUAGAUAACGCACAAUGCAAGUUCUUUAAUUUUUUCACAAAAUAUUUCUAAUUGUAAUAUACUUACUUAUAUUUUAAGAUUAAAAGCUUUACCAAAUGUAAAUUUUCUCAAUAGAUAACAAUUAUUAGUCACUAAUUAGUUCCAUUAAGCCUCCGCCUAUUUUCGAUUAUGAUAUACAGGGUGAUUUAGAUUAAAUAUUGUAUACUAAAAAAAAUCAACAAAAGAAAAAUAAAUAAUCCGGCAAAAAUUCAAUGAUAGCCGAAAAUAUAAAACUCAAUUUUAGUUUUAAGGUUCUGAGUGAAACGAGGAAUGUAACUAUUAGUUUUACAAUGAAGUUUUUUUUUUCUGCAAAUAAAUUUUCUACCAGUAAUUUUGCUUCGAUCUAUAAUGAAAGUACUUUUUUUAAAAAGAAAUCUGAUUGGGAAGGUCAUUUUUUGAUUUCCUAGUGAGUUUUCCCAAUACAUCGGAAAAAACGAGAAAAUAAGCACAAUAUUAAAGAAAAUAUAAAAUGCAUAUGGAAUUAUUUUACCAUAAUAAAACAUAUAUAUUGUUGACGAAGCAAAUCUACUCAGAAUUGUUUUUUAUUAGCAAUGGUUAAUCGUUGCGUACAGAUAUACAUUAAAUUUUCCCUUAACUACCUUCCCAACUUCUCACCUACAACAGUGGUCCCCUCACAUGUGAAGUAUAUCUGUCUUUUUUAGAAUAAACCGCAAUCGACUGUCACUGUUGCUAUUUCGUAACUUCUAAUAAUCAAUGUAAUAAUACAAAUAUAAUUCAUUUGCAUAAUAAAGAUAUGGUCCUAUGGAGUUUUACAAAAUAAUAUAAUUUUAUAUAAAACAAAUAAAAUUAUUAAACUAGAAUACGAGCCAAGGUACAAUUGGCUAGAUAUUAUACAUUUAGAUUAUUAUUCUCCUGUUAUUAGUUAAAAUAAUUUAUUAAUUUUAUAAAUUUUACAGAAAGAAGCAAAGGAAGCUCGAGAAAAUCAUGAAAUAUUUCGAUCAAAUUUAGUGGAUGCAUACUCUAAAUACUUAGAUCCAGAAGAUAAUGUGGAAGCGAAUAAGAAUACAUUUUUGAAAUACUACUUUUUUAUUACUCAAGGCGCUGAAGCUGAUACUAAAUAUUUAACUCCCAUUGAUCCGAGAAUAGUAGAUGGUAUAGUUAGUCGACUGUCCAAGGAGUUCCAAAAAUCACCAUUUUUACUGGAAUUUAAAAAUGAAAUACUUAAUGUAAGUUUGAUGAAUUAAUUAAAAUGGCAAAUUGUAGAUAUAAUUAUUAAUUUUGUGUAUUCAAUGUAGUUAUUAUAGUUAGACAGUAGAUACUAAAAAUUAUUUAUUUAUUUUUUAGUAUUUUUAGCAUUGGUUAACUUGAUCAUGACCAUUACUUCUAUGUAUACACAAUAUUCUUUAAGUAAUAAAGCAUCUUAAACUUUUAACUUAGACUUAUAAUAUUUUUUCUGUCUUAUAGGAAUGUUAUUUGAAGGCAAUGAAAGAGGCUGUUGUGGCAUAUUCGUUGCACGAUGUAAACUCAAAGCAUAAUCUAUUACCGUUUUUAGAUACUUCAUUUCGAAAAGAACUUCGACAAAAUAGUUUACUAUGGAAAAAAUCAAUGGUGCGGGCAACCUCAUUUCUCCGAAAUAACUUACACCAAGCCAAUCCUUUAAUAGCUGAAAUGAUUAAACUCUGGCACAGAGAUUUUGAGUAUGUUUACAACGUUACAUUUUUUAUUUGUUUAGACUCUGAGCGGAGCAAUUUUGUUGAGUGAGUUGUAUUGGUUUUACAACGAUGUUUGUAUUUCUGUGAACAACUUUUCUACCAUAAAUUUUGUUCCAAUUUAUAAUGAUAGCACUUUUUCUAAAAGUAAAUUUGACUGGGGAGGUAUUUAAACGAGGUAAUUUUUUGAUUCUUCCAAGAGUUUUCCCAAUAAAUGGGAUAAAGGGGAAAAUAUUAUCAAAGAAAAUAUAUAAUGUAUACGUAAUUAUUAUAUUAUAAUAUGAUAUAUAUAUAUAUUGUUGACAACAGUGGUGUAUCCACAAUUUUUGUUUUGGAGGCUGAGGGGGUUGAAAAAAUAUAACAAAUACAAUUUUUUUGAAUUUUGUGUGUAUUAUAAUCAUGCAUUAAACAUUUUAUUAGUAUUUUACAUCGCUAAUUAUAUAAAAAUUGAAAUAUUUAUCUUUUUUUAAAAUUAUUAAUGUAUAUUCAUUUUUUGUUUUGAUGUUUUAAUAAGUUCAUCUAUAACAUCGUUGAUAUCCACGUUUAUAUCGCGAUAAAUAUAUUUCAGUAAGGCUAAACCAUUUAAACGUAUUUGUCCUGAAAAAUGUUUAAAAUAUGUUUUCAAACGACGGAGUGUUGAAAACAAUAGUUCUCCCAUGACAGUAGACACUGGAAUUAUUAUGAAUAUUUGAAGAAAAUCAGAUAUUACUAGAGAAACAUCUGGACUAGUUUGGAAGUUUACUUCAACAGCAUUUUUGUUCUUGAGUUCGGAAGAUGUUAAAUUUAAAUAUUUAAUGUACCACAAAUCUAAAUCUUCGUUUAAUAUAUGAUCAUUUAAAUUUGAAUUUUUACAUUCUUCAAUUAUAUCUUGAUAUGUUUCUACUAAUUGUUUGAAUUAAUCUUUAAAAUUUUAUAUUUAAUAUAGCUAACACAUAUAACAUCCGUAUAAUAUUAGAACUUCAAAAAGUUAUGAUAUUGAAACUAUGGUAUUGGACUGACUUAGUUUUUAGUCUGCUCAAUUAUGACUUCACCAUUGUACUUAAAUCGUUAAUAGUUAUACGUAUGAUUAAAACAAAAAAAAUUGAAAAAUUUACAUGGACCGCGAUAGCUAAAUUUAUUCCACAUAAUUUCUUACUCAAACAAUUUUCAUCAAAAUUUGUUAUUAAAAUUCUUUAUAAAAAAAAAAAAUAAAAAAAAAAAUACUACAUUAAGUUAGAAUUUUUUUUUUAUCAAAAAGUAUGAUGUAUAAAGUACCUACUGUUAAAUUUAAAACAUUUCUGUUAUUUUAUCCACUUAGUACCUACCGAAUAAAAAUUACGUAGAAAACUCGCAAAAUUAAAAUGUCUAUAAUUAGCUAAAUAGAGAUCAAUUAAUAUUUGAAAAUUUGACUAUGUCUAAAAAAACCAAAUUUAAGCUUUCUAGCAAAAUUUCUAGUCUUUGUGAAUAUACUAAACUAAAAUACAUUAAACAAAAUUGAAAAUAAUAAAAUAAUUAUUUUCGUAUAUUUUCUUGUACUUUCGGAAUUUUUUUCGGUUUUGCUCAAUUAUAAAAAGUACAAAGAAAAUCAAAAAAUGACUAUUGUUCACCAACUAGAUUAAAAAUUAAAUAAAAAAAAACUCUUGUCAUUUUUGAUUAGAGUACCUAAUAUUUCGAUUGGAGUAAUAUUUCCGGUAGAAAACAUAAGUUGAACAUAUUCAAAUAAUUAAACUGGGACAUUAAGUUGCCGUAAAUAUUAAUUUAGAUUUCUGUUAGAGGAGUUUCCAGCAAAAAAAAAAUAAAAUUCAAAAAUAUACACUAUAGUGAAACCAAUAGAUUCUGAGCGUUUUAAGUACCUUUAUUUAAUUAUUAUUAUUUUGUUAUUUACAUAUAUAAUAUUACAUUAAUUGUAUAAUAGUUAUAGUAAAGUUAUAACCACUAUGUGCAUUGGGUCUUGGCCCGUUUUAUUAAAUAAUUUAUUAUUUGAAUAAAUAUAAUUAUUAAUUAUAGGUAUACUAUUAAUAAUUUAGUUCACCGAGAAAUUUUUAGGUCUUAUUUUAGUAGGUACCUGUUUAUUAUAAUCAUUGUAUUGACAGGCCUACCAAAAUAUUUGACUAUGCUGAAAUGGCAGGCAGAGGUACAAAAAAAUAUGCAUUACCAGAGUAUAUGGGUCACAUACAAAAAUAUAUUGCUGAUGGUAGUAUUUCAAUGCGGAUUAAAUGGUUUGAGAGUGUCAUACAACUAUUUCAACAAGUAAUAAUUAUACCCUACACAUUAGUACUAAUAUUUUAGUAACAAUAAUAUAGUACUCACUUAUAGUAGUAAUUUAUUAUGCUGUUAACUAAAAUUAGAAUAAGAAUUUUAAACAUUUAGUUAUUCAUUUUAUUGUAUUUAACAUCCCAAAUACCUAUUUUAUAAAUGUUUUUGUUUUAGUCUAAAUUCAGUCGUUUCAUUCCCAAAAAAGAUAACACAAAAAAACAAAUAUCAUUUUAUAAUUGUGUGGCAUAUAUUAUGAAAGUUAAAUACCAAGAGUAUGUUUAUAAAAUAAUGGAACAAUUUACACAAAUUAUGUGUAACCCAAAAGUAAAAAAAAAAAAUAUACAUAUAUAUUUUUCAUUUGUUUGUAUAUAAUUCUUUGUUUAUCUACAAUUUUGAUAAUAUUUAAUUUAGACAAAUCCUGGGUUUGUAACAGACUUAAUUUAUAGAAACUCGACAUUACAAUUUUAUCCAAAUUUCAAAAGAAUUCGCGAUUUUAAUAUGUCUAUUUAUGAUCAAAUAAAGGACAUGGUUUUAAAUUUGGAACGUCUCGAACAUAGAUUAUACAAGGAAUAUCCUUAUACUGGAAAAAUUUUAAAGGUAAUCAUUUAUACGUAUUUUACAAAUUUAUGUAGAUAUAGAUAUAGAGGUAGAUAUGUACCUACCUAGUUAUAAUUCUUAAUAAAAUAAAUAAUUCAAUUUUUUAUUAUAGGUCGAUAUAGAUGACACUAUAGUUAGUAAUUAUCGUAAAAAACUAGGUUUUGUUUUGGAUGAUUAUUGGGUAUUGCCUGAAUUAGUUGUACAUGAUUUGGAUGAGCAACUUUAUUUAGUUAAUGGACAAGCUCAAGAUGAAAUUGAACACUUUUUAUCCACAGAACAUUCUAUUGAUGAGUAUAAGGGAUAUGUGGUUAAUUAUCAUAAAAUUGCUUUAGAUAUACCAGUAAAUAUAAGUCCAGAAAUAGUUAUUGGAAUUUUUGAAGUACGUCGGAGUGAUACGAUAACGACAUUAUGCAAGCAAGCAGACAAAUUAAAAAAUAUGAUUAUCAGUCGAAUGACUAACACUUAUUUAGCAAUAGGAAAAAAGUGAUUAAUUUUCGUUUGAGUAAAUCAUAGUUACUUUUAUUUUUAAAUGUUUUUAAAUUGUUUUAGACUAAAUGAAGAAUAUGGGACUAUACAAACAAUAGCUCUUACUCCGCCAGUCAAUACUAGAGAACUAGUGAAUUUAAAAAUAUACAUAGAAGAAGUCAAAAAUGAUGUUAUACCUGAAAUGGAAGAAAGAGUCAAAGUGGUGCUGUCAUAUGAAUUGUUUUUAUCAGAUUACACUCUGCUGACUGGCGUAGAAUUGAAACAAAAUGGAAAAACUUUUCAAUGGGUAGAACUUAUUAACUAUGUAUUUGCAGAAAAUACAAAAAUGAUUGAACAGAAAACAAAACAAUUACAAGAUUUAUUACUAAAUCGUAUUAACAAAUUUAAAAUCGAAUUAGAAAAUUAUCGAGAUCAAGUUGCUGCAUUCAAACAAUUUGGAGAUGUAGAUUUGUUAUCUUUAUAUUUGAAUAAAGCACAAAGUCUGGAUAAUAAGUUAUCAAGUGCUUUAGAUACCAUAGAUGGAUUUAAUGAAGAGGAAAAACAUUUUGGAUGGAAAGAGAGUUCAUACCCUUUAAGAAAAACAGUAAAGUUGCUUUAUUAUUAAUUGUAAAAUAGGUGUUUUGAUAAAAUUGUUUAAUUAAGGUUGCUGAAGCUUUGGCUCCAUAUAAAAAACUUUAUGAUAAUUGUUCCGAGUUUUUGGAAAACUAUGAAAAGUGGAUGAAUGCUAAAAUCGGUACCUAUGAUCCAGUACAGAUCGAACAAGAUGUUAAUAUUUAUUAUCGUAACAUUGUAAAAUUGGAGCGUACUUUUGUGGAUUGUCCAGCUCCUUUAGCGAUUGCUAUAGCAGUAAAUUAAUAUAAUUUCAAGUAUUUUUAAGAAAAUAAACUAUAUUAAUUUAAAAUUAAACAAUUAUAUUUCAUAAGGUGAAGCAGUCUGUUGAAGCAUUUAAAGAACAUAUUUCAGUAGUUUUAACUUUGGGAAAUCUAGGUUUAAAAGAUCGACACUGGGAAAGAAUAUCUGAAAUAAUUGGUUUUCCUUUGCACCCUAAUCAAAAUCUUACAUUAGCAAAAAUUAUGGAUUAUAAUUUGGAUGAAUUUGUAUCGAAAUUUGAAAUAGUUAGUGAUGGUGCAUCAAAAGAAACCGCUUUAGAAAAAAAAUUACAUUCAAUGGAAGAAGAAUGGAAAGAUUUAUACUUCAGUCUUUUACCAUAUAGGUUAACAAUGAUUCAAAUUUAAUGUUAUAUUAUUAGAUAAUACCAUAGUAUUAUGAUAUUUCAUACCUUUAGAGAUUCUGGUACUCACAUAUUGUCAGGUAUAGAUGAUGUACAACUGUUGCUUGAUGACCAUAUAUUAAAAACUACAACAAUGAAAAAUUCACCAUUUAUAAAACCAUUUGAAGAAAAUAUUAGGUAAACACUCGUAAUUACUAAGUAUAAUAUACAAAUUUAAUGUACUUGUUCUACGUAGUAAUUAUUAUUAUAUAAUUGUUGUAACUAGAAAUUGGGAAGGGAAAUUACAACUAUUGAAUGAUAUAUUAGAUUACUGGAUUAAAGUACAAAUCACUUGGAUGUAUUUAGAACCUAUAUUUUCUUCUCCAGAUAUACAAACUCAAAUGCCUGAAGAAUCAAGAAGAUUUAAUGCUGUUGAUAAAGUAUUUUUUUUAAACUUCAAUGUCUUAUGUAUUUCUUGAAUUUUAAUAUUUUAGGUUUGGCGAGAUAUGAUUAAAGAAGCACAAAAAAUAAAAAAAGUUAUAUUAGCUAUCAAUAUUGAUAAACUUUUAGAAAAAUUAAAGAAAAGUAAUAAUUUAUUGGAAUUGAUUCAAAAAGGCCUUAAUGAUUAUCUAGAAAAGAAACGACUGUAUUUUUCAAGAUUUUUUUUUUUGUCUAAUAAUGAACUACUUGAAAUUUUAUCAGAAACUAAAGAUCCUACGAGAGUACAGCCCCAUUUGAAAAAGUGUUUUGAAGGAAUUUCUAAAUUAAAAUUUACUGAAAAUUUAGAUGUGGUUUGUAUGAUGUCUAAUGAAGAAGAAAUUGUAGAUUUAUCAGUAAUUGUGGAUACAAUGAAAGCUAGAGGACAAGUGGAGAAAUGGCUUGUAGAUUUAGAAAUAUCCAUGAAAUUGACAAUACGUGAGAUAAUAAAAAAAUCGUUAAUUGCUUAUACCAAUUAUGAAAGACAAGAAUGGGUUAUUCAAUGGCCUGGACAAGCUAUUCUGGCUGUUUCUUGUACACAUUGGACAGCUGAAGUUACAAAAGCUAUUUUAAAUUAUCCUCGAGGUUUACCUCGAUAUUUAAAUAAAUGUAAUUAUCAAAUAGACAAAAUUGUUAAUUUAAUUCAAGGCAUUUUACCUCAUCAGAUCCGGUUAACUUUAGGUUAGAUUAAAAUGAAAAUAGAAAACUUGACUGAAUUAUUUACAUAAUAUUAAAUUUUUUUUUUACAGGGGUUUUAAUUUUACUGGAUGUACAUGCUAAAGAUGCUGUUGAAGAUAUGACAAGAAAAGAAGUUCGUAAAAUUAACGACUUUAAUUGGCUUUGUCAGUUGCGAUAUUAUUGGAGAGUAAUGACUAUGGUAUAUUAGUUGAUUAAAUAUAAAAUUACUAACCAAUAAUAUUUUUAUAGGAAGAAAAUUUAGAUGCAAUUAUGAUAAAUGCUUCUUUAAGAUAUGGUUAUGAAUAUCUUGGCAAUUCACCAAGACUUGUAAUUACGCCUCUUACUGACCGUUGUUAUCGUACUUUAUUUUGUGCUUUACAACUAAAUCUGGGUGGUGCAACAGAAGGACCAGCUGGUACUGGUAAAACAGAAACAAUUAAGGACUUAGCAAAAGCUGUUUCUAAAAAAUGUAUCGUAUUCAAUUGUUCUAAUAGCAUGGAUUACAUUGGUUUGGGAAAACUGUUUAAAGUAAUGAUACAGAAGUAGAAAAUAAAUAAUUUUUUAUAAUGAUUUUUUUUAUUACAAGGGUUUAUUAUGUUGUGGUGCCUGGGCAUGUUUUGAUGAAUUCAAUCGUAUUAGUUUAGAGGUAUUAUCAGUUGUUGCUCAACAAAUAUUAACCAUUCAACGAAGUAUACAAGCAAGACUAACUAAAGUGCAUUUUGAAGGUUCUUCUUUAACGUUAGAUAAGACUUGUGCUGUAUUUAUUACUAUGAAUCCUGGAUAUGCUGGACGUUCAGAAUUACCUGAUAACUUAAAAGUACCUAGUUUAAAGAACAUAUAGAAUGUCUUACUAUGUCCUACAAUUGGUUAUAUCUCUGUUGAUACUCAAUUUUUUUUCAAUUUAAUUGUCUUUUAGGGGGGGGGGGAUAUUUAGUACAAAUUAAUUUUUGUUUAUCACCCCUUAAUCACUAGAAAAAUAUUACUUUUUAUCCGUUCACUUUGCAAACAUUUUCAAAAUAGUCUAUUUGUAAUAAAUAUUCUACAAACAAUUUUAAUUUAACAUAUAUGCAUAAUUCAUAUCCAAUGAAUAAUAGCAUUGCUUUUAUAUUAAAAAAUCAAUGGUAAUAAACCAUGAAAAAUUGCGUUCAAUAUACUACCACAUUAUGUGAUAGGGAAUCACUUUUGUAAUAAAAUUGAUAAAACUAAUUAUUUUUUUCAAUAGGUGGGUUUUAUUGUGUCUUUGCGUAAUAUAGUAGCACUAAUUAUAGAAUAGACUAUUCUAUAAUUAAUAGUAUAGUAGCUACCUAUUACAAAUGAUUUAUUGUGUUAGAAAUUGAAAAUGUAAAACGGCUAUUACGAAAGUAUUGAUUGGAUAUGAAUCUAUAGUCGGUAGUAGAUUUUUAGAAUAAUAUCUUUUACAAAAUGACUAUUUUGAAAAUUUUAAAAAUUUAACUAAUAAAGUUAUUUAUUUUAAUGAUUAGGGAGUGAAAAUAAAAAUUUUAAUUUUCUCUUUAUAUGUGUCCUCACAUAAAAUGUAAUUGAAAAAAUAAUUAAAUAUUAUUAGAGAUAUAAAAAUACAUUAAAUACAGUGAGACAAAAUCUUUAUAAAUAUAAACUUAUGUAAAAUAUACCAUGAUGACAUUUGUAUUAUUAAAAAAAAUUAUCAUUCAAUUUAAAGUAUUGUAUGUGUUAUACCUAGGCAUUGUUUCGUCCAUUAGCAAUGAUGGUUCCAGACUAUACAAUUAUUUCUGAAAUAGUUUUAUUCUCCCAAGGUUUUAAAUUAGCACAGUCAUUAUCUGUAAAAUUAGUGACAUGUUAUAAACUAUGUUCUGAACAACUCUCAUCGCAGAAUCAUUAUGACUUUGGUUAGUUAUAGGUUAAUAAAUGUAUUACUUUUUAUUUUUACUUUAUUUAUAAAUACAUAAUCAUAGGAAUGAGAGCUGUGAAAACUGUUUUAACUGUGGCUGGUAAAUUAAAAUUAAAGUAUCCAGAAGAAGAUGAAAACAAUAUUGUUUUGAGGUCUAUUAAAGACGUAAAUUUCCCGAAAUUUCUUGAACAUGAUAUACCAUUAUUUGAAGUAAAAAUUAAAAAACAAUUAUAGUUAAUUAUAAAGAAUUUAAUAAAAUUGUGCACAUCUACUUACUAUUUUCAGGGUUUAAUGUUUGAUUUAUUUCCUGGGAUUGUGUUACCACAAUCCAAUUAUUCUAUUUUGAAUACAAGUAUUGAAGAAUCGUGUAAAAAAUUAAAUCUUCAAUGUACACCUUACUUUUUGGAAAAAAUUCAACAAAUUUAUGAAAUUAUGAUGGUUAGACAUGGUUUUAUGAUAGUUGGAUUGCCAUCCAGCGGUAAAACAUCAGCAUAUAAAACACUUGCGAAUGCAUUAUCAAUAAUUGAAGAAAAGGUAGGUUUAGAGAUUCAUUAAUUUUUUACUAUCUACCUAUCUAUAUAUAUAUAAAAAAGCCAAAAACCACUCACUCAAUGAUCUCCAUAUCUUAAAAACUAUACAACCAAUGAACUUAAAAUUUGGAAAAGAGGUUCCUCUAAUAAUCUAAAUGGGCAAUAAGAAAGGAUUUAAACAAAUAUUGCGUUUAAGUGAAUUAGUUAAUAUCAAUAAUUUAUCGCCAAACUCCAAUACGUAUUAACAAUCGAGUUGUUGAAUUUUAAAAUAAUUUAAAAAAUUAAUUUCAUACAAUAAACAAUAAAUUUGAUUUAAGUAUUUAUAAGAAACCUACACAAACUGAUGCUAUAAUACCACAUAAUUCUAAUCACCCUUAUUUUCAAAAAAAUAUAAUUUUAUAAUUUAAUAUUCUAUAUAAGCUUGAAUAUAUUUCAUUAAAUAAACAUAAUUAUCAACACGAGCUCAAUAUUAAUGUUAGGUAUGCCAUACCUAAUACAGGAGUUCCCCCUUAUACGCCAAAAAUGUAUAUUUUGUUACUCAAUUUAUCAAAUAAAUAAAUGUAACCAUUUUCAAUUAAAAUAUUUUUAUCUCGAUUUCUUUUUAAUAAUGCCAUAUACUAGACAAUUAAUAAAUUAUUAUUUUUUUUGAUAUUAAGCCCGGAUUAACACUAUCGUAGUCCUUAGGCACUAAUAAGCAAAAAAAAGAUUAUCAAUAAGUUGUUAGUUUUGACACUUAGCUAAUAAGAAAGAAAAUAAGUUAUCAAAAUUUUUUUUGUAGGUCCUAGGCUAUCUAGGGCUAACUUUUAUAAAUUUCUAUAUGAUAACAAUUUUAACAAAUCUUAAAAUAAUUAAUUUUCAAAAAUUAUAAAAAAUAACUUCUUUUAUACCAUUUUGCAUAUUUCUAUAUUCCUCCCCGCCAGUGAUAGCUCGAUGUAUUUUUACCUUGAAUCACUGAUUUAAGUUUCCAUUUACCCACCACAACCAGAUAAAUACCACCAUCCAAAAUGUUACUGCAAAUGUAUUUAUAACCGUUUUUAUUAUUUUAAUCAUUUUUAAACAAUUAUUGUUGUCAUGGAAACGCACAAUGUUUAAACUUUAAAUUUUACUAUAAUAAGACAUAAUAACAUAUGAAAAAACAUAUCCGCUUCUAAGCGGAGUUCAGUUGAAUGUGAGAGUGAAGUGAUGCUUUUUCAAUAAUAUAUGUGUGACAUCAUGGUACCUACAAUAAAGUGACUUUGCUAAAUGAAACCUAUCAAAAACUUUAUUUAUGGUUAAAAUAAAAUUUUAUUUAAUUUUAAUUUUAAUAAUUGCCAUUCAAAAAUAUUUUUAGUUUAACUAUUACAUUUCUUUUUAUAAUUUUUUUUUUUUUUUUUAUUUAGAAAUUAAUGGACGAACAUAAAGUAGAAAUUAUAGUUAUAAAUCCAAAGUCAAUAACUUUGGAUCAAUUAUACGGUAAAUUUGAUAUGGUGACACAUGAAUGGUAUGAUGGUAUUUUAGCCCUGGGAUUCAGACAAUUUGCUUUGUCUGAAAAUUUGAAUAGAAAAUGGAUUUUAUUUGAUGGACCUAUUGAUGCCAUAUGGAUUGAAAGUAUGAAUACAGUACUUGAUGAUAAUAAAAAACUUUGUUUGACAUCUGGAGAAAUAAUUCAACUUGCUAACACAACUAAUUUGAUAUUCGAAACAAUGGAUUUAGAUGUUGCUUCUCCAGCAACAGUAAACAUUUUUUCAAUUAUUAUUAUUUGUUACCUAACUAUUUCAAAUAACAUUUAUGAUGAUAUAAUUUGUUUAAAGGUAUCUAGAUGUGGAAUAAUUCAUAUGGAACCAGUUUCAUUAGGUUGGGAAUGUUUAGUACAAUCCUGGAUUAAAAAUCUAUCAAUAUAUAUAACUUCUCAUUACAAACAAAUGUUACAAUCACUUAUUUUGAGAUUUAGUCACCUAAUAUUAUACUUUUUAAGACAAUGCAAUAUUACAGUAAUACUUAUCAAAUAGAUGGGUACCCACCUAAUUAUAAACUGUCUUUAUACUAUGAUUUUUGUUUUAGGAAAUUUUUACUUCCAGUAACUCUAAUCUCAUUAGAUCAUUAACAAAUAUUUGUGAUACAUUUAUGGAUCCAUAUAGUAACCAAGAUUACAUGAAAACUAUUUCACAAUCUGAUUUUCGAAGUCAACUUGAAGUAAUUUGAAAUUGGAAUAAAAAAAUGUGUAGUUUGAUUCUAUUAAAAUAUAUGUAUUUUUUAGGGUAUUUUUUUCUUUUCUUGUAUUUGGUCAACAGGGGCUACUCUUGAUGCAGAUAGUCGAGUAAAAUUCAACAUUUUAUUUCGUGCAUUAUUAGAAAAAAAAUUCCCCAAAAAAGUUGUUCAAACUUUUAAAUUACCAAUUGAAAUGUGUUCUUCACCAAAAAAGCCUUAUACAAAUUCGCCACCAAUAGAAUAUUCAGUAUUCGAUUACAGGUAUAUUAUAGAGGGACAGGGUAAAGGAGAAUGGAAAUUGUGGUCAGAUUAUGUGACAGAAGCACCGACAAUACCUCAAGGUAUACCUUUUAAUGAAAUUAUAGUGCCAACAGUUGAUCUAAUAAGACAUCAGGUACUUAUGUCUAAGCUGAUUACUCAUAAUAAACCAAUGAUGGCAGUGGGAAAAACUGGAACAGGAAAAUCAAUUUAUACUUUGGUAAAAAUAUAUAUAAUUUAUAAAUUAUAUAUUUACAUAGAUAUAUAAAAAUAAGAAAUAAUGUAUUUAAUUUCAGAAUUAUUUGUUCACAAAAAUCGAUAAAACUAUAAAUCAAUCAUCAUUUAUGAACUUUUCUGCGCAUACUUCAGCUAAUUUAACACAAGAUAUAAUUAUGAAUAAACUUAUCAAAAGAAGACGUGGGAUAUUUGGUCCACCUGUUGGUACAAAAUGUAUUAUUUUUAUCGAUGAUAUUAGCAUGCCUCAAAAAGAGUAUUAUGGUGCUCAACCUCCUAUCGAACUUUUACGGCAAUUCUUAGAUAAUUUUCCAUGGUAUGAUUCUAAAGAUCUUGUGACAAUGUCUAUCCAAGAUGUGUUAUUACUUUGUGCUAUGGGUCCACCAUCAGUAGGAAAUUCAGUUUCACCUAGAUUUAGUCGUCAUUUUAAUAUUGUAAUUAUCAAUGAGUUUGAUGAAACAACAAUGGUAUCAAUAUUUAGUAAAAUAUUAUUAUGGCAUUUAGAUACAAGGUUUGAAUGAAUAAUAUCUAUUUUACAUAAAAAAAAAAAUGUUUGUGAUAUGUGUAAUAUUUAUGUAGAGGUUUUAGCAGAGAAUUUGAUUCAUGCAUGCAUCAAUUAGUUAACUCAACAAUGGAACUUCAUAAACGGAGUUUAAGUUAUCUUCUUCCGACGCCUAUUAAAUCACAUUAUUUAUUCAAUUUAAGAGAUUUUUCAAAAGUUAUACAGGUACAACAUUUUUAUAAGUUAAGUAUCAAUAAAUAAAUAAUAAAAAAUGGUUUCAAAAAUUUAAAAAAUAAGUAUUUAGUAUAAAUAUUAUUUUAAGGGAGUAAUGUUUUCUGUACCUGAAACUAUUGAAGAUGCUAUUGCUAUGAAAAGACUAUGGAUUCACGAAGUUCUUAGGGUAUACUAUGAUCGGUUAGUGAAUGACUCUGAUCGGACAUGGUUUUUAGGUAACCUUCAUUUAGUAUGUAAAGAGUUUCUAAAUGAGAACUUGAAUGACAUAUUGAUUCAUUUAACUAGCGGGCAAUGUGAAACUGUAAUUUUUUUUAUAAUUUAUUAUAAUAUAUAAGAUCUUAAAAUAAAACACUACCCAUUAAUAGAUUGGUCAAAAUGAGUUACGACAGUUAAUUUAUUGUGAUUUUUCCAAUCCUAAAGCGGACACAAGAAAUUAUAUGGAAGUACUUAAUUUAAAUAAUCUUCGAUUGAUUGUUGAAGGAUAUUUAAAUGAAUUUAAUAACAUGAGCAAAAAACCAAUGCACUUAGUUUUAUUUAAAUUUGCUAUUGAACAUCUUUCAAGAAUUUGUCGAAUUCUUAAGCAACCUCGAGGACAUGCUUUACUAAUUGGUUUGGUUGGAUCAGGACGAGAAUCAUUAGCAAGACUGGCUGCUCACAUAUCAGAAUAUGACUUAUUUCAGGUAUAUUUGAUAAAAUGUUCUAUUUUUAUUUUUUUCAAUUUUCAAUUAAUUUAGGUAACAAUGACUCGACUGUAUGGAAUAAAUGAAUGGCAUGAAGAUUUAAAAUGUAUACUUAGCCGUGCAGUAACAUCUCUCGACCAGCAUGUUGUAUUUUUAUUUGACGACUCUGAAGUAGAAAUAUGAAUAACAAAUAUUAAAAUUUUGUAAUUUAGAUACCAACACUUUAUUUUUUUUAAUGUACAGAUUAAAAAUGAAAGAAUGAUAGAAGACAUAAAUAAUUUAUUAAAUUCAGGGGAAGUACCAAAUUUAUAUGCUAUUGAUGAAAAGAUAGAAUUGUGUGAUAAAAUUCGUAUAAUAGAUAAACAGCGUGACAAAUCUUUACAAGUAUAACAUACUAUAUAAUAUUAUAAUAUACCUUCAAAUUCAAUUUUUUUUCAAAUUGGGUGUCCUUCAAUAUGUUAUCUACCACCACUUUUUCGGUUCAGCAAGUUAUCUACCAUAUAUAACACGUAUUUUUAAAAUUUUAAAUUCAAUAGGUAAUACAAAAUAGUAUUAACAAAAGAUAUUUAGUAUUAUAUACAUACAUAUAUAUUUUAGAUUCGGAGUGUAGCAAGGGAUGUCAUAUGUAUUUUUUUUAUAUUGUAUACAAAAUUAAUACCAGAAAUCUUGUUUCAAUGUAUUAAAUGUAACAUCUUUUUUGAAAGAAAAUUUUUAGAUUUUCCAAGUAGUUUUCCUAAUAAAUGGGAAAAUUUACGAAAUUUAUUAUUUUUAAGUCGUAAAUAUUACGGCCUUUCAAACCAUAUUUAACCGAACUCAGCUCAGAAUCGCGUUAAUUUUUGCGUACAGAUGUACAAGAAAUUUCUCCUCUAUCUUCUCAAUUAUAAGAGUGGCUCACUCAUCACACGAAAAAAGUGCAUUUGUUGUUUUUUUUAAAUUUGUUUUACAAUGGAAAAAGCAGUUCUCUACACAAAUUCCAUUUCAGACAUCUGGGUCAAAAAUUUGUUGGGAAGCGAGACUGUUGAUGAUAGGCUAGGUGAAGAAUUUGUUAUGAGUUUUUUUUGUAGGUUUGAGUUGAGCACUAUAUAUAGUUUGCUUUAUGUCGGAACGCAUAGGUCGUGAUGUAAAGAAGCGUUUACGAUAUACCAAGGGACUGACGUAAUUUGUCUCAGGCACAUUGAUUGGAAGACUUGAACAGUUUUUGUAUUAGAAGGUUUUGUCGAGCCCCACAGUUAAAUACCAUAGUACCACGUGGGUUUCAGAAGUAUCAUGUGAUCCAUUAAAGUAGAUAUGCUCAUUAUCUCGGAAAGUAUUAACCUUUUCCGGAAUUAGUUUUCUAGAAUAUUUAAAAAAUAAGCUACAAUUUUAUAUCUAUACUAUUUUUUGUCGCCCUCAUUUUUGGGGGUAAAACCACUUCCUACUUUUGAUUUUUAAAUGGCAACCUAUAUUAAAAAUUCCAUACAUAGAUGGAGUAUUAGUUAAAAUCAAUUUUAGUGUUGUCAUUUUUGACUUCCGUCAAUCAGUUGACGAAAUAUUCCACUUUUAAUUAUGCCCCGUGUGUUAAUAAUGCACCACUACUCUCCUCCAACUCAAAUUUAAAAGUGGAAUAUCUCGUCAAUGGUCUUAAAUGGAUCACUCAGUACAAUGUAUAUCAUGCGUUUUGUUUUAAGAGAGAGUUUAGAGUGAAGUAAGAGUAUGAAUGAGUGAAGACGGCAAGACGCUAAUUUAGAACUUUGAGCAUGGUGCGUAAGUGAAACGUUUGUUAAAUAUUAAGGCAAGGUAUUUCGUUUGAGAAGAGGUUAGAAUUGGUGUCAUAAAUAAAGGUGGGCACUCCCAGAUACGAUUUGUUUUCGAGCGCCGAAGAAAUAUAAUCAAUGACUCUGUGCAGCUGAUGGAUUGUUGAGUGCCUAGCUUUAAAAUCAAAUUGGAAAUCAGGUAUAAUCUUAUUAUCAUUGGCAAUUUUCACUAUUAUUUGUGAUAGGAAACUAUAUUAUAUUAUCGUAUUUUAUUUUUUUAUUUUUCAAAAAAAUGAUAUACGUGAACAUUUUAAAAAUGAAUUGUCUUUUAUGUAUUAGUAUUAAAAAAAAUUAUUCUGUUAUUAUGUUAUCUUGUUAGUAAAAUUUAUUGAUGCCUUAAAUUAAUGAAUACCUAUACAUAUAGGUAUUAACCCAGAGACAAAGUCUGUAUAAAAAACUAUAACGUGGACCAAAAAAUUGUCCAUAUCAGUGGCACCGAAUUAGUUUUUAGUAGGUGAUGCAAACACAUAUUUUAACCUCUUACCCACCCCUACCUAGAAAAAAAUUAUUUUCAAUUAUUCCAAAGUUAAAAUUUCUGCGAUACUUUGGCACAAUGGGCAACGACAAAAACACGUUGAAAUAAAUACACAGUCCUAAUUUUCAUACAUUACACUUUUUAUGAAGUUAAUGUAAUUACUAAUUGUAUCUAUUAUAGGUAGUCAUAGUUUUAUUUAUUUGCAUAAUAUAUUUAAUAUAUCUUUGUGUCUACAAUUACUAUUUACUUAUUGACCUUUAAUGGUCAAAGUAUUAUCAUGUUCAUAUUAAGUUAGGUAUUUACUAUUUGAUACCUACUGGCUACCAAUAAGUGCCAGUUUUUCAAACUUAUAUAACUCCAGUACCCACACUCAAUUUGCCCAAUCCAAACAUACCACUUUAAGUACGUAUUCGGCGCCACUGGUUCGUAUACGGCGUUUAUUUUGCAAAAAUCAAUAAUUGUACUAGAUCUGAACCAUACACCCAAUGGUAAAUACAUACCUUGUACACCCUUUUUUAGGUUGAGCAUAAAACUAAUAUUUAUAAUAGGUAUCUGUUGUCCAAUUUUCAUGGCAUUAUAUUUUAUGAUUUCAAAGUUUGAUGAUGCCUUUUCUAUGUUCCAAGAGGUUUUCUUUUAUUUUAACCUGAGGUUAGGGAUAUUACUCAACAUUUGAUUUAACAAUGACAUGUUAAAUUGUUCGGCCUUGUUAAUAGUUCUAAGUAGUCUUUCCAGUGCAAAAAUGAUGACAAAAUAUUGGUUAAGACUGGUAACCAUUUCACGAGCUAGUAUCUCACUAACAGCUAUUAAGCAAAAACAACCCACUAGCAUAAUUAAAACCAUCAACUAAGUACUGAUACCUAGCAAAACGUGUACCUAUAUUUACAUAUUUUAAAAACCCUCUGAAAACAAUAUUGUUUUUAACUUUGCCAAACAAACAUUUUUUUUCGGUAAAAAGCAUAUGGAAUCAAAAAUAGAAUAGCUGCGGUAUAUAUUGUCACAGCGGUAGAUAACAUAUUGAACCACAGGUUCUUAAUUUCCAAAUUGUUUAUAUUUUUUGUUUAUUUAAAAAAAAAAUAUAAAAUUAUUUUUACUAUAUGUUAAAUAGACUGAUGGUAGCAUGAUAGCUAUUUUUAACUAUUUUAUUCAAAUUAUAAAGGAACAACUCCAUAUUAUACUAACAUUCAGUCCAAUAGAAAAUAAUUUUCGAACAAGAAUAAGACAAUUUCGAUCGUUAGUUCAAGGUUGUACAAUUGAUUGGUUUCAGGUAAAGAUAUAUUAUUCCUAUACUAUGAACUUUUAAUAUAGAUAGUGACGUAGUGUAUUUUUUUGUUUUUGAAACAAAACAUUUGAAGUAUUAGGUAUAAUUGAUUCAAAUUGUAUUAACACAAGUAUUUCACUUAGUAUAAUAAUAGAAAUAUGAUUAAUAUUACAAAACUAUAGGUAGAUAAUUUAGAAAGAACAGAAAGUCGCUUUUAGAUUUCCUGUUAGUUGCAUUUUAUUUCAUUUAAUGAAUUUAAUUUCAAUGAAUUAUAAUACUAGUAUAAAUUGUGAUUGUUACAUUAAUAUAUUUGUCUUCAGAAUUGGCCAGCAGAUGCAUUGUUGGCUGUUGCAACUCACUUUUUGGAUGCAAUUGAUUUAACUGAACCUGAGCGUAAAGUUUGCGUUAAAAUGUGUCAAAAGUUUCAUAUGUCAAUUCAGGUUUUAUCUAUUGAAUUCGAAAUUAGACUACAGCGUAAAACUUAUGUUACAUCAGUGUCUUAUUUAGAACUAAUGUCUACUUUUAAAGAUUUAUUGGACAAAAAAAGACAGUAAAUUAAUUAACUAAAUUAAUUUUAGAUUUAAUAUAUUAACAAUGAUAUUAUUUCAAUAGGGAAAUACUUAUGGCAAAACGUCGUUAUGAAGUAGGCUUGGAAAAAUUACAAACUGCUACUGAUGAUAUAUUAAUUAUGCAAGAGGAAUUAAAAGAUUUGCAACCAAAAAUCAUGGUAGCUACAGGAGAAGUUAAAAAUAUAAUGCAGCAAGUUGAAAAAAAAAAUCAAGAAAUUUCUAAAAUAAAGCAACUUAUUAAAAAAGAUGAAGAAAAAGUACAUGAAACGGCAGAGGAAUCACAAAAAAUUAAAUAUGAGUGUGAUUUUCAUAUGGAAGCAGCAAGACCUGCAUUAAAUGCUGCUUUAGCGGCAUUAAAUACAUUAACACCUAAUGAUAUAACUAAUUUAAAAUCUAUGAAAAAUCCCCCAAAACCUGUAAAAUUAGUCAUGGAAGCUGUUUGUGUUAUAAAAGAUGCAAAACCAGAAAAAAUCUUGGAUUCAGUUACUGGGAAAACUACAGAAGACUAUUGGCCAGUGUCAAAAAAAAUACUUAACGAUAUAAAAUUUUUAGAGCACUUAAUAAGUUUUGAUAAGGAUAAUAUCUCGCCAAAAAUAAUGAAAGUUAUAAAUGAAAAAUAUUUAUCUAAUCCUGAAUUCGAUCCAGAAAAAAUAAAAAAUGCUUCAAUAGUUGCCCAAGGUUUAUGUAAAUGGGUAAUCGCUAUAUCAAGUUAUGAUGUGGUAGCAAAAGAAAUUGGACCAAAAAAAUUAGCACUUGUUGAAGCUGAGACAAUAUAUAAUAAAGCUAUGGUUACACUAAAUGAAAAGCGUGAACAAUUAGUUGAAGUUGAAAAAACAAUGAAUGCUGUUCAAGACGAUCUUGAAGAAAGUGAACGUAAAAUGAAAGCAUUUCAGGAUGAAUCUAAUGCUGUUCAAACGAAACUUCAGCGAGCUGAAGAUUUGAUUGGAGGAUUAUGUGUUGAAAAACAACGUUGGGAACACAUGACAAUACACCUUGGAAAGUUGUAUUUAAAUCUUACAGGUUCACAAGAUAGUAUUAAAUACUAAUACAACCAUUUUUGUCGGAAAGUAUUACAACAAAACUUGUUUUUAGGAGAUAUAUUAUUGAGUUCUGGUAUAAUUGCAUAUUUGGGUCCGUUUACUAUGGAUUUUCGAAAUAAACAAAUAAAACUUUGGAUUCAAGAUAUUAUUAAUAAUGACUUAAUUUGUACUAAACAUUUUCAACUAAGUACAGUAUUAGGAAACUCCAUAGAUAUCAGAGCAUGGAAUAUAGCUGGAUUACCCACUGAUUCUUUUUCAACGGAUAAUGGAAUUAUCGUAGUGUAAGUUGUUUUAUUAUAAGAAUAAAUUAUAAGUAAAAUAUAAUAUAUUUAUUUUAUAUUAUAUAAAAUAAAAUCAUUAAUAUAAUGUUUUUACUGUAGAAAUGCUAGGCGAUCAGCUCUUAUGAUUGAUCCCCAAAACCAAGCGAAUAAAUGGAUAAAAAAUAUGGAGAUGGAUAACUCAUUAAGUAUUAUACGUUUCACUACACCUAAUUAUAUAAAAGUAUUGGAACAUGCUAUUUCUAAUGGACAACCAGUAAUGAAAUAUACCAUCAUAAUAUAACGACAAUUAUUUUAUAAAUGACUUAUGUAGGUUGUAUAAAUCAUUUAUUCCAGGUAUUGUUAGAAAACAUUUACGAAGAAUUAGACCCACUGUUGGAUCCCUUGUUAUUAAAUCAAAUAUUUAUAAGUGGAGGUACAUAUUGUUUAAAGUUAGGAGAUACAAUAAUUGAAUACAAUAAUCGGUUCAGGUGAUAAUAUAAAACUAAUGUACUUAUUUUAUUAUAAAUCAUAAUAAUGAGGGUAAUUUAAUUUCAUUAAAAUUUAGGCUUUAUAUUACUACCAAACUUAAAAAUCCUCAUUAUUUGCCUGAUAUAGCAGUUAAAGUAGUUAUUUUAAACUUUGUGUUAACUCCAGAUGGGUUUGAAAAUCAACUAUUAAAUGUUGUUGUUACUAAAGAUCGAUUAGAUUUAGAAACAGAAAAAAAUCAGCUAAUACUACAAGGAGCUGAAAAUGCUAGGUAACCAAUAUGAGAAUUUUAAUUAUCCAUAUAUAGGUAAUUUAAUUACAUAGUAAAUAUUUUAUAUGCAGAUCUUUAAAAGAUAUUGAAGAUAACAUUUUGCAAGUUUUAAGUUCUUCUGAGGGUAAUAUUUUAGAAGAUGAAGAAGCAGUAAACAUAUUAAGUUCAUCCAUAAUGCUGGCCAAUGAAAGUAAUGUUAAACAAACUGAAGCUAAGAUUACUGAACAAACUAUUGACAAAACUAGACAUCAAUAUCGGAGUGUUGCUAUUUAUUGCGCUAAACUAUUUUCUAUAAUUGAUUCAUUGACCAACAUUAAUCCAAUGUAUCAAUAUUCAUUAACAUGGUUUGUAAAUUUAUUUGUGAAAGCUGUAGAAAAUAGUCCCAAACGUGAUAAAAUUGAGGAACGUACAGAAGCACUUAAUAAGUACUUUACUUAUUCCUUGUAUGUCAAUAUUUGCAGAAGUUUACUUGAAAAAGUUAUUAUUAAUUAUUUAUAAUUUUAAAAUUGAUGUGUAUUUAAAUAACUCUAUUGAUUGUUGUAGGAUAAGUUACUGUUUUCAUUAAUCAUAGUUGUCAUGCAAUCUAAAGAAAUCAGUCCAGAAGAGUGGCUAUUUUUUUUGACAGGUGGAAAUAGUUUACAUAAUACUAAUACAAUAAAAAAUAACAUUAGUUGGUUACAAGAUAAAAGUUGGGAUGAACUUUGCAGACUUGAAAACCUAACAAAAUUUAAAGUACCUAGUAUAUUUUACUUUAGUUAGCAUGUAUGUCUAGUAUAUAAUAAUUAGGGCACAUUGCAUUUGCAACUUUUAUUCUAUUUCUCCAAUUCAUUGCUAAGUAGGUAAGUUUUAACUGCUUUGUGUGUACACAUUUUUUGAAAAAAAAAAAAAAAAAAUCUAAAACUCUAAAAAUUUUAAAAGCAAUAUUUUGCAAUUUUUCCAAUUUUGUUGACUACCUCAUUUAUGUAAAACAAUUUUAACUAUUUUUUAAUUUUUUCACGUAAUUUUAUUUUUCUUAUACUUGUUAAACGGUUUUAUAAAAAUUCCAUGGAAUAAAAUUAUUAAAUUGCUUUGAGCCUAAAUUACAUGAUGUACCUAUUGAUGUACAUGAUUGGUAUAUUGUUUCAAUAACUUUUUGAAUAUUUUCCGUUAACAUUAUUUUAUGUAUACCGUGGAAACGGAAAUUUAAUUAUUUUUAAAAUCGUCAUACUGCGAUUAUCAUAUUCGUCGUUUACACAAUGCGUAUAGAUAAGAUUAUAUUUACAUAAAAAUAAUUUGUGAAACGUUUACAAUCUGUUCUUCAGUCAUUCAGUAAUUUUCGUGUUUUUUUCGAUACAAUUUUUAAUUUUUUAAGCGUAUUUUUUAAUGCAAUAUUUCAUUCAAUUUUACUAUUUUUUGAUUUCGACAUACGUGUCCUAAUAAUAAAGUACCUAAUAUUUGUCUAUAUGUAUAUAUAUAUUAGGAUUAGGUGUAGUUCUUAUUAUUCCAAUAUUGAAAUUUGUUCGGUCUAUCCCUCCAAAUUAGUUCCAAUAUGCAUAAAAAUAUCGUAUACAUAAUUUCAAGUCAAUUGGUUAAACCCGUGCUCCAAAACUCUCAAAAUUCAAAAAUAGGUUUUCUUUAAAACAUCGUUCUUCUUUCUUUCAUUUUUUGGUUAAUACAUCGUUAUGAUCAGUUUAUAUAAUAAACAUUAUACAAUAUAUAUUAAACUUAAAGAUUUAGGUAUUCCUAAUAUUAUAUAGGUAAUGCAGUGAUAACAUUUCAGUUUUUGAAGGAAGGGAGCAAAAGAUUUGACUGGCCCAUAAUAAAAUUGAAAAAAUCCGCUCGCAAAUUCAUCCGUCACAAUUACAUUUUAUCUCAAUACAAAUAUCCUUAUUACAUCAUUUUAUACUUAUUAUUAUAGGCAUGAAUAACCUAUUUUUUCGAGGGACAACAAUGAUUAAAUAAUAAAUAUAAAUGUAGAGGAAUACUUAAAUAGAUUACCUAUUAGUUAUUAUAUGAAAAUUUAUUUAAUUUAAGGUGAAUUAUUUUACCUUAAUUUAUGCUCUAUUUGUAUGCCUAUACAUAUAUAUAUAUAUAUAUGGAGUAUACAUGUAUAUAUAAAAUAUAACCAUGUCACCAUAGCCAUCAGUAUACUUAUAGAAUAAAUUAAUUAAGAAUAGACACUAUCCAAAAAUUUACAUGGACUCUUAUGAGAACCCGGCAAUUUCAUCUAAAGUGCAACCUACGUUAACAAAAAAUACAAUAAAAAAAAUAUUAUAUACAAUUAUCACAAAUAAAAAUUAAAAAUAAAAACUGUAGCUCACAGUGGCUGUAUGCAACAUAAAUCAUGAAUUAUGUUUGCAAACUUGUGGCCCAAAACUAGCCCAUACCCGACCCAAUAGAGGUUCUUUGAUGAUACGGGGGAGAGGAGAUAAAUGCCUUCCAUCUCUCUUCUAAUUACGCCACUGAGGUUUUUAUUAAUUCAAUUUUCAGAAAUACAAUACAUAGUGCCUUUUUCAUAAUAGUGCUUUUAAUGCUAGUUAAAUAUAUAUUCCGGUACUGUGUAACAACUUGUAGAGUAUAUUGUUUUUGAAAUUAAUUUUUUGAGUCUGUUCGAUUAAAAUCUUCCAAUUUUUCAAUUUAAUAGCUCGUUCCACAGUGCCAUUUACGGCUUUUAAAUUGCGAACUAUUUCAUAUCAUUCUUUGUAGUCUAUAUUGUUUUGGCCAGAAGAAGGUGGUGAACCAAUACAACAGAAAUUGAUAUUAAGUCAUUUAAAACAAAUUUGGGUUUUAAACGAAAUAGAUUCUUCUAUAUCUUGACCUAAAAUAUUUGGUACUUCACAGUUUUUUAACUUUUAAAAUUUUUCCACUGUACCAUUAUCUUCAUUUUCAUUAAUAAUCGUAUUUUCAAUUCUACUUAAUGUUUGAGCCUUUUUAUUUUUUAUGUCGUUAAAUUUACUGCGGUCGUCAAAAAAUGCUAAUGCAAUUGUUUCAGUCGUUAAAUACCAAAGAUGACAAAAGAAUGGCAAAUUUGUUUAAUAUUACUUCUGAUAAUUUUUCGUUUAUUUUUCUAUAAUCGUAAAUACUGAUUAAAAAUUAAAAAUUUCUUAUGGGUAGCAAAAUUAGCUUUUGAAGCAUUAUUGGACCACGUUUUAACACAAUGUAUACGAUCAAUAAAAAUACAAACAUCGGUCAUCGAUUGUUGACUGGUAUUCUCUUUUAUUUAAAUUAAACUCUUUACGAAAAAUGUAGGUAUAUCUUUAAACAAUACAUUUCUUUUGUCAUUCAAAAAGCAUGAUGCAUUGAUUCUGGUGUUCCGUUCAAAAAAUUAAAGUUACCUAGUUCAAGUAAUUCACGAUAAUCUGGGAGAGUAGUGGUAUUUGUAAGAUUGUAUGGCGUGCGACGUGUUAAUAAUGCACUACCAUUCUCUCUCAACCCACACUUAAACUUCGUCAACAAAUUGACGGAAAUCAAAAAUAUUAAUACCAACAUUUAUUUUAAUUAAUAUUUCGUCUAUUUAUGGAAUUUUUGAUAUAGAUUGCCAUUUAAAAAUCAAAAAUCGGAAGUGGUUUUACCCCCAAAAAUAAGGGUGCCAAAAAUUAUACAAAUAGAAAAUUGUAGAGCAGCUUGUUUCUUAAAUAUUCUAGAAAACAAAUUCCUGAAAAAGUAAAUACUUUCCGAGAUAACGAGUAUUUUACGAUACCCUUACGAUAAUUAGAUUGAUCACCCUGUAUAUCACUUUAAUUACUUUAAAAUAUUAAUUAAAAUAUUAGGUUUAAAAUUUAAUUUUAAACUCUUAAGCUAAACAAUUUUAUGAUACAAACACAUGAAAGUAAACAAAAUAAUAACACAAUUAAUAAUUUUAUUAGUUAACAAGGCCGUACCUGAGGGGUGAUCAUAGGGGUUUAAUCCCCUCUUAAAAAUUAUUUGUGUUAAUUUUGUCGUGGGAAAAUAAUUAUUUUAGUCAACAAAAUUGGAACAACACAAAUUUUUAUUUUAUAAUCCCCUCCCCCUAAAUUAUUUUCUAGUUACAAUAUUGUUAGUUAAAAAAUUAUUCAAUAGAACCUACUAAAAUAUUGAUUAUCUGGGAUUGACAUACCGGUUUCUUCCUGUAGCUUUACUCUAUUUUAUACUGUAAAACGAUAAAGUAAAGCUUUUAUUAAGCUAAUUGCUUAAUUAAUAAAAUAUAAUACUAUACUAUACACAUAUUUCUUCUGGCAGUUUUUUUUUAUUUCCCCGACUACUUUAAAAUUACUUGAUAUUGUCUGGUUUUCCAGGUAGCAUAGCAAUUCUGUUCUAGUAAUGAUAUAUUAUUUUUAUUACAUAGUUAUAUUGAUUGACGAUAAAUAUUUUUGUACUCUUCGUUAUUAUUCUUCAUAGUCAUCAAGUUUGGUACUAAAAACUAUAUACUGUUUAUUGCUAAUAAAAUAUCCAUGUUUGGUGACUGUAAUAAAGAAGUCGUAUGUGAUUCAAUAAAUACAACCUAAAAAUAAAAUCGAAACUUUUAAAUUGUUGCUUUAGUCUCAUGCCUUUUACACUAAUUUCUGGAACACUGCUACAUCAUAGUUAUCAAGUACAGAUUUGACUGCUUUUGCUCGACACUCCAAGCAAGUAAUUGAACAUGACAUUAAUGUUAAUAACUAUAGUUUAUGGUUAUUGUACACAAUGUUCUUUUUAAUUAAAGUUGGUAUAGACGGAUACCUACAAAUAUGUUUUUAAUUUUGAUACUAAUCACUACCACGAUAACUAAUACAAUUUCCAUGAUUUCCACAAACAUAUUAUUAUACAUUAUGCAUUAUGUAUACAUAAAUGUUUCCUAUUCAUCUUAAAAAUGUCAUGUCUAGGCCACGCUCAACCGACUCGCUCUGUACACACCACAAAAUUGUAGUUGAAUAGUUAAAUGACAAUUAAAAUUAAAAUAGAAAUUAAACCAUUACCUGUUUUCAGAAAAAUAAUUGUAUUUAAUAAUAGUUUAUAAUUAAAGGGAAUAAAAUCUGAUUUUGAGAACAAUGAAGUCAAAUGGAAACAAGUUUACGAUUCACCUCUACUAAAUUUAAGUAAUUUCCCGGAACCUUGGAAUACAGAUUUAAAUUAUUUUCAAAAAUGUCUUAUUUUACGAAUCAUCAGACACGAUAAAAUUUUUUCUGCCGUUCAAUAUUUUAUAGCAAGUAAGUAUGCAUUAAGAAAAAUAAAUAGGCAUAAAGUAUUUUUAUACUUUCUAUUAUGUCUAUUCUUAUUUGAAGAUGAAUCUAUUUUGGGAAGUAAAUUUAUUGAAUCUCCACCAUUUGAUUUAGCUGCAUCAUUUGAAAAUUCAAGUUGUGCUUCCCCUUUAUUAUUAAUAUUAACUCCAGGUGUUGAUCCGACUACAAUGUUAUUUGAGUUUGCUGGCAAAAUGGUAAAAAUAUUUAAUUUAUUUAAGAACUCUUAGUUUUAAGUAUUAAAUAAUCCUUAAAAAAUAAUUUCAUUUUUCCAAAAUGUAUUUUCUUUAUACUUCAAGGGCUUUAGUUCUCGUUUCACAGUAUUAUCAUUAGGUCAAGGUCAAGGUCAAAUAGCUUCUAGAGUAAUUGAAGAAGGGACACACACAGGGAAUUGGGUAUUGCUGCAAAAUUGUCAUUUAGAUAAAGGUUGGAUGUCCGAAUUAGAAAAGGUAAUUAUUUUAUUUGAUAAAAAUUGAUUUGAAGAAUUUUUUCCUUAUAGAUACCUACUUAUUCUUGUAAAAUAUAAUAACUGAUUUCAAUAAUUUAAGUUUUAUUGUUAGUAAAUAUAUUAAUAAAACGGUAAUAUCAAUAGUAACAUUGAAUUCGACAUAUUUAAAACUUUUAGAUUCUGAGUGUACCAAAGAAUGUAUUGGUUUUACAAAAAUGUUUAUUUUCUUGGAGUGAUAUUUUAGGGAGGUAAUUUUUCGAUUUUCUAAAGUUUUCUCAUCAAAUGAAAGAACCAGGAAAAAAACAUGGGAAAACCGAGAAAAACGUUUUUCUGUUUUACUGUGCCAUAAUUUUCCGAAUUCUUUUCCCCCUAUUACCCUAACAAGGAAAAAGCAAAUGCAUUUUGGGUGUACCUAGAGUCUCAAGCCAUCAUUCACUUAGACUAUUUUAAUCGCAAAAUACCCCUCGAUUUGUUGUGUAAACUUUUCUACCAGAAAUUUUGCUUCGAUAUAUUAAGUGUAGUUUUUUUUUGAAAAAAAUUUUUAUUUACUUUAGGGAAGUCAUUUUUUUUAAUUUUUCAAGCGGUUUUCAUAAUAUCCGGAAUAAAAUGUCGGAAAAACGGAAAAUGUAUGAAAUGUGGGUAUUAGUAAAAUAAUAUGGCCUUUUUUUUUUUUCUGUAUACAACUUUUCUACCAACAAUUUUGCUUUUGUGAUAGCACUUUUAGUGAUAGGAAAUCUGACUGGGAAAGUACUUAAGAAAAGUCAUUAUUCAAAACUCCCAAGAGUUUUCCAAACAAAUGUGAAAAACCGGGAAAAAACAGGAAUACCGAGAAAAACGCAUGAAAUCGGUACAAUAUUUUGGUAAAAAAUAUAUUUGAUACCUAUUUAAUUAUUUUACCAUAAUAUGCCAUAUAGAUUUUUAACAAAGCAUCACUAUCAACUGAACUCCACUCAGAAUCGGUUUUUCAUAAGCAUUGGUUUAUGUUGCUUAUAAAUAUAUGUUAUAUUCCCGUCUGUAUCCUACCUUCCUAACUUCCUAUUUAUAACAGUGGCUGCACUCGUCUCCAUUAUCCUAGAACAUCUUUUUUAAAUAUAUUUUGAUAUCAUAUAUUUUGUAUAUAUUUAGAUAUGUGAAAACCUCUCAAUAGAAAAUACAAAUUCUGAGUUUAGACUUUGGUUAACUUCUUACCCAGUAAACUAUUUUCCUGUGACUUUACUUCAAAAUAGUAUUAAAAUAACUAAUGAACCUCCGAAAGGACUUAAGGCUAAUAUAUACAAGUAUUAUAAAAUAUUUUAAAUUUUGCAGUAGGUACCUAGAUAUAUGAUUUGUGUUAUUUGAUAUGUAUUCUUUCAGAUUAUUUACUAGUGAGCCGAUUGUGAAUGCAGAAUUUUUUGAGAGUUGUAAACAAAGUGAACAUUUUAAGAAAUUGAUUUUCAGUCUAUGCUUCUUUCAUGCUUUGAUUCAAGAGCGCCACAAUUAUGGUUCAAUUGGAUGGAAUCAUGUGUAUGAGUUCAAUGAAACAGACCUUAGAAUCAGCAUUGUACAAUUACAGCAUUUUCUAAAUGAAUAUUCAAAUGUUCAGUUUGAUGCCUUGCGUUAUCUAAUUGGAGAAUGUAAUUAUGGUGGACGUAUAACAGACGAUUGGGAUCGCUGUUGUUUGAAUACAUGGUUUCAAAAAUUCUACAACAAACAGAUUAUUAAAAAAAAGAAUUUUAAAUUUGAUAAAUCUGGUACUUAAUACAUAUCAAAUAAAUAAUAUAAAAUGACCAACUUAUAUACUGUAGUGUGCUCUUAUUAUCCUAGGAAUUUAUUAUUGUCCUGAUUUAAAAGACUACGAACAAUUCAUCCAGUAUAUUCAAGGAUUACCAUUGAUUACAAAACAUCAUAUAUUUGGUCUACACAAAAACGCUGAUCUUAUUAAAGAGCGACAUGAAAGUGAAUUACUUCUGAAUUCUGCUCUUAGCAUACAAGUAAAUUUAAGUAUAUUGGUAACUUAUACAUGUGUAAUUAAUUAUGUUUAUUUUACUAAAUUUAAAUGACUUAAUAGGAUCGAGUCGUAAGUAAAAAUAAUAUCUGUUAUUAGAAUUUUAGUAUGUUCAGUAAUCUUGUUGAUUAACUACUAAAGUAGUAUAUACCUAAAAGAUUAAUAAUUUAAAAAGUAAAUAAAUACUGUUAAAAGUUUGUUACCAAUGAAUUAUGAUGAUGGCACCUUCCUAAUUGAUAUAAUGAUUUUAAUAUUAUGCUGCUAUAUCUCAGGAUUUAUUUAAUGAACAUGAAUUUAAUUAUGUAAGUAAAAUAUGUACAUGUUAUACUUAAGUACUAAGUACAAAAAAUGUAUUAUCAAUUAGUUAAAAAUUUUAAAGCAUGUGUGUAAAUGUAACUUUACUAUUAUGAGGAUAAUAAUUAUUUUAUAUUUAUCAAAUUUGACCUUUAAGGAUUCAACUAGUGAGAGCCCAGAAACAAUAUUAUCUCAAAAUAUGAUUCUAGCAUUUACUACAGAUGUACUCAAUCAAUUACCAAAACAUUUUGACACUGCACUUGCGCUCAAAAAAUAUCCUAUGACUUAUAACCAAUCAAUGAAUACAAUUCUGGUGCAGGAAAUGGAUCGCUUUAAUAAACUACUGACAAUCAUUAAACUUACUCUAAUUAAUUUACAGAGAGCUGUUAAAGGUAAAUACUUAUAUUACUUUUAUAAAUAUAUGCAUAGUUAUACCAAUACCAGAGCAGCUCAAAAUCAGACUUGAUUUAAAAGAAGGAAAUCAUAAUUCUUAAAACUGUAAUGCACUAUAAAUUACAUCUACAGAUUAUGUAGUAUGCCAACUAAAUAGUACACAUAAUUACUUAGUGGGUUACAAUUACAUAUGGGUCAUUAGGUUGAUAUGGAAAAGUUUUUUGGAAAAAAACAGACCUGGGAUAUGUAUAUGAUGUAACGUAUUUGAUGAGCAUGGUGGGUGGUUGCCAAGUUCACCCAUAGUGGUGCAGAACUUAUGAUGUAGUGAUGCAAAUUAUAUUUAUCUGUGUAAAAUGUUGUUUACCAAUUAAAAAGGAAAUGGAAUUGAAUUCACAUUUGAUGAGUUAUCCUUAUUAUCGUUAAGUCAUGUUUAUUAAUAAAAAUGGUCGUAUUCCUUCCCCCAAGGUCACUAUCAGACAGAUUAGUAGACAAGUCUUAUUAUUAAAUCUGGUUUAUAAAAUUGGAAAAUCAGUACUCUUAUGUCGGCAGUACACAUUCUGCAAGACACUGAGAGAGCAGCUGAGCGCGAGAGUGAACUAGAUGCGCUUGUAUCAUCUCACUGGCACUCGAUCCGGAGGCCGUUUUUGGUGCCAGAGUCAAAGGAUACAAGGCCAGUCGAGAUGAGAACAUAAAAAUGCCAGUGCUUGUAAAACGAAGUAAACUGAAAGUGUACUGCGUGCACUUGCACUUCUUCGUCUCGCCUAAGUCUUGUCCAAAUGUACUGCUGGUAUAAGAAGUCAAAAAUAUUCAUAUAUAUAAAAAUACAAAACAAAAAGUGUAUGAUUUACAAAAAUUAUCUUAGUUUAGGUAUGUCAUUUAUUUAACACUAUUACAGAAUGCUAUUAAUCAUUAAUCAUUACUAAAUAAAACACACUUUAAAUUUUUAAAUUAGUAAUUAUUAUUGUAUACAUAAGUACUUACAAUUCAUAAAAUAAAAACAAUAGUGUUAUAUCAUAGAUAACUAUAGUUACUAAAUAAAAUAUAUGGUAUAAAAAAUAUAAAUUUUUAAUUUCCUAAAAAAAUUUAAAUUGUUAUGAACAACGUUAUAACUUAUAAUUACAAGAAAAUAAUAGUUAACAAAAAUAAAAUAUUUAUGUAAUAAAAAACCUAAAACUCUUAGUUAUAAUAAUAUCACUUUAUCAUUUUAUAUCUAGGAUUAAUUUUAAUGACUAAUGAACUAGAAGAAGUAUAUAGCAGUAUUCUAAUUGGUAAAAUUCCAAUGAUUUGGGCUAAUAGUUCAUAUCCAUCACUUAAACCACUGGGAAGUUACAUAAAAGACCUUAUUCAGCGACUAGCAUUUUUUCAGGCAAGUAUGAUAUAUAAUUAGAUAAAUUAUAAUAAAUGACACCAUUAUUAAACAUUUUUACAUUUUAUUUAGAAAUGGUAUAUUCAAGGUACUCCUACUUUAUUUUGGAUUUCUGGUUUUUAUUUUACCCAAGCAUUUUUAACUGGACUUCAACAAAAUUUUGCAAGAAAGUUUAAAAUACCUAUACACUUGCUGACUUUUGAUUAUAAGGUGAACUUUUAAAGAGACAUGUUUGAUAUGAAACAAAAUCAAAUAUAAGUAUUAAUAUAAAUAAUUUAUUGAAUUUAGAUAAAAUUAUUUGAAAUUGUUUAGAAUGUUUCAAGAGAACAUUCAAAAUAUUAAGAGAUUAUUAGGGAAUAUAUAAGAUGUGAUAUAAAUGAGGUGGCGAUAAAAAGGGAGAUGUGGAGAAUAAACUUCUAUGCGAUAAAAGCAAUGGAGAAGAAGAUCUUUUAAAUCAAAUUUGUUUUCAUAUAUUAUUAUGCUUAAAAUGUAUGGUUUUGUUUCAUAAAUUUGUAUUUAUAUGGAUAACAGUUAUAUGCAUUUGUUUAAUAUUUAAUAAAAUAAUUUAACUAGAUAAUGGAUAAAAAAGUCAAAAUAAAUUCAGCUCCAGAAAAUGGAGUUUAUGUCUAUGGAUUAUUUUUGGAUGGUGCUAGGUGGAGUAAUAAAAAAUCAAGUCUCCAAGAGUCUAAACCAAAGCAUCUGUACGACAAAAUGCCCACCAUCCAUAUAAUACCAAUAGAAAAAGAAAAUUUUAAAUUAGACAAAGUUUAUUUGUGUCCGAUGUACAAAACUACUCAAAGAAAAGGUACAUUAUCUACUACGGGGCAUUCCACAAAUUUUGUUGUCACUGUAUGGAUACCUACAAUGAAAAAACCAGAACAUUGGAUAAUGAGAGGAGUUGCUCUGUUAUGUCAGUUAUCUCAGUAA